AUGCCGCGACUGAAUGCCAAGCGGCACCCGACAGCGGCGCAGCGCAUCAGGGGACCCGUCCGCUCACUUAAUCCAACCAACGCUCUCGUGGCUCCAGAGAGGAGGAGCAGCCCGACGGCACCGUCGCCACCGGGCGCCGCCGGCUUGGCAUCUCGGGGCGCGGCCGACCCGGGCGUCUACCACCUCUGGCGGUCCCGGGACAACCGAAAGGGCCGGCACGCCGUGAUCGUCUCCCAGGAGACCGCAGCAAAGCAUGGCGUGUCACAUCCCAAUGCGACGAACUCGCUGAGCCAGAGCAUGCAGGGGAUUGCCAAGAUGGCCUUCCGAUACCCGGUGUGGGACGUGAGCUACGACGUCGCGAUAUUAUUCACCAUUGGCUCCGUGAUAUGGGUCAUCAAUGGGUUCUUCGUGUGGCUUCCGGCUCAGGAUCCCUGGACCGAGUUCAGCGGCGAGGUCGAGGUGGGAGGCGGCAUCACUGCCUUCAUUGGCGCAACGGUCUUCGAGAUCGGCUCCGUGCUGCUCAUGCUGGAGGCCGUCAACGAGAAUCGGACCCAAUGCUUCGGCUGGGCGCUCGAAGACGCCCUGGAGAGCCACAGCCUGGUGCUCCGGCCUGACCCCGAGGAAUGCUUACACCAUCAUCCACAGCGGCGUUCCCUGCUCGCGACUCAGGGUUCGAAAGAACGGACGGGAAGAACUUGGCAGUGGUGGCCUUCAUGGUCGGAGUUGAAGACGCAUUACUUCCACGAGAUCGGCUUCCUUGCAUGCUUCUUUCAGUUGAUCGGCGCCACUGUGUUCUGGAUAUCUGGCUUCACCGGCCUGAUGCCUAUCUACGAUAGCUUGUCUGUUCCAGUCGCCAAUGGAAUAUUCUGGCUGCCUCAAGUUGUGGGCGGUACAGGGUUCAUCAUCUCAAGCUGGCUUUUCAUGCUGGAAACACAGACUAAAUGGUACAAGCCUGCUCAGGAUGUGUUAGGUUGGCACCUAGGGUUUUGGAACCUUGUCGGGGCCCUGGGGUUUACCAUAUGUGGUGCACUCGGCUUCGCGAGCGAGAACGAGUCGGCUGCUUAUGCAUCGUCAUUAGCUACGUUCAUUGGUUCGUGGGCUUUUCUGAUUGGGAGUGCAAUUCAAUGGUUUGAAAGUUUGGAUAAGUACCCCAUAACAGUUGAGAAGACCAGCAACAAGUCUCUCACUUGA